AUGUCCAACCACCCCCUCGACACCGACCCGGGCUCCGAGCUGCUCGCCUCCUACGAGGCCGACUUCAAGCUCACCCAAGCCGACAUCUCCCAAAAGCUCGACCAGAUCCCCGACCUACAGGGCGAGCCCCGCAAGGCCGCCAUCCGCGCCGCCGAGCGUGCCGUCGACGAGGCCGACGAGAUCAUUGGCCAAAUGACCCUCGAGCUCUCCAACAUCCCCUCCACGCUCCGCAACAAGAUCAAGCCGCGGCUCCGCAACUACACGCACGACCUCGACGUCUCGCGCUCCACGCUGCUCAAGCUGUCGCAGAACAGCGACCGCGCCACGCUCUUCAACGGCCGCGGCGGCAGCGGCGCGGGGGGCAGCGGCGGCGACGCCGUCGUCGACCAGCGGCAGCAGCUGCUGAGCGGGACGGACCGCAUGGAGAGGUCCUCGCAGAGGCUGAGGGACAGCCAGAGGCUGGCGAAUGAGACGGAGGGCAUUGGCGCGAGCAUACUGGGCGAUCUGUAUGCGCAGAGGAGCCAGAUUGAGAAUACGCAUAAUACGCUGAAUGAUAGUGAGCGCUACUUGGAUAGGAGUAUUAAGACGCUGAGGGGGAUGGCGCGUAGGUGA